CGGGCUGAUGUGACAACGCCAUAGGUUGAAUCGUUCAACCCACCGGUGUCCCUUGUAGCCUUAUCUGGACUGCAUUGCACAACUAUGGGCAGUGUAUUUGCUGCCACUUCCCCAAACCCACCGCCGCCUGCAGGUGGUGGUGGUCAGGGGGGCUCUGGCUUGGUAAAUGUGCCCCCAGGAUUCACCAUGCCACCAGUGUCACCAGCUCCCCCAACCACUGGCACUGCGGCACAGGGAGAUGAGGCAGAGAGUCCCCUUCCCAACCCAGGCACCUUUGAGGAGUGCCACCGAAAAUGCAAAGAGGUCUUCCCUCUUCAGAUGGAAGGUGUGCGACUGGUCGUCAACAAAGGCCUGAGCAACCACUUCCAGGUUAGUCACACAAUCAAUCUGAGCACUGUCGGAGAUUCAGGCUAUCGGUUUGGCUCCACCUAUGUAGGCAGCAAGCAGACUGGUCCUGCGGAGUCUUUCCCAGUUAUGGUGGGGGACAUGGACAACACCGGUAGCCUCAAUGCUCAAGUUAUCCACCAGCUGGCUGACAGAGUGCGCUCCAAAGUAGCCAUGCAGACACAGCAGCACAAGUUUGUGAACUGGCAGUGUGACGCAGAGUACCGUGGGGAUGACUUCACAGCGGCUGUAACCCUGGGCAACCCGGAUGUUCUUGUUGGAUCUGGCAUUGUGGUGGCACACUACCUCCAGUCGUUGAGCCCUGCUCUGGUGCUCGGCGGUGAGCUGGUCUACCACCGGAGACCUGGAGAGGAGGGCACAGUCACGUCGCUCGUGGGCCGUUACACCGGAAGUAAUUAUGUUGCCACACUGACAUUGGGAGGUGCUGGAGCACAUGCAUCUUACUAUCACAAAGCCAAUGACCAGUUACAAGUCGGUGUGGAAUUUGAAGCCAGCACACGGAUGCAAGACACAAGUAUGUCCUUUGGUUACCAGCUGGAUAUUCCCAAAGCUAACUUGCUCUUCAAAGGUUCGCUGGACAGUAAUUGGAUUGUGGGGGCCACUCUGGAGAAGAAGCUAAUCCCUCUCCCACUCUCCCUCGCCCUGGGCGCCUUCCUGAACCACCGAAAGAACAAGUUCCAGUGUGGUUUCGGGGUCACCAUCGGUUAAAGCCAACUCAGGGCAACCUCCACCUUCCAACCGACACCCCCACCUCCACCACUACCACCACGCGUCGCCCAGCAGGACCCUCGCUCCAUAGCCAAGCCUGAGCUGGAGCCGAGAGGCGCAGGGACAUGGAUGAGACAGUGGCCAUGGAUGGGCAUACGCACACACACACACACACACACACACACACACACACACACACACACGUACAAACACACACACACACACAUUCACAGCAACACAGUAUUUCACUCCAUUCAAGUAUCAGCUGUGCUGAGAACCUGUUAAUGUGAAAACUAGAGUCUAGACACAUGUAUACCAAGCUCAUAGACUCAGAGGUGAAGUUCAAGUGAAAUUCUGAUGUUGAAGAGGAACAACUUCAAGAGGUUAGACAUAGUAUUUAUAAGCGUAGAUUGUAUAGAAAAUCGACACAUCACAACGAAAAAGGAAUCUCGUUGUCUGAAAUGUGACAAAUGUAGUCUAUGAAAUGGUUGAAGUUUUUUGUGUGUGUGUGUGGCGCUGUCCAUGCUGUGGUGCAUUGAGAUCCAUCCCUGGCUCAGGCCAUAGUCCUUUGCAAAUUGAUGCUUCAUUUUGCCUCUCUGCAAACCACUAACUACAAUCAAUCUGAUUUGUUAUUGUUCCCUGGUGUUUGACCGUACGAACAUUUUUUUUUUGAAAGGAGGAAAUUUGAAAACUGUUGCUGUCCAAACAUGUACAAGGGGAACUACUGCCCAAAUUAGAUUUUUUCUAUAUUUCACCAGAUUGUGCACUCCACCCUGAUGGUGGAGCUUUCAUGAGCCAGUGUGGAGUGGUGACACGCCCUGUCCCUGUGCCUCGUGAAAAAACGACCGGGAAAAAGUCUAAUACGUGGUUGACUCAGCUGCGAUGUGAUCAGCAAAAACACAAAGGGAGAGAACCAGUCCCGCCCGCUCCCACCUCCCUUCCACCCACAUCUCCCUUCCCCUCAGGCCUGCAGGAGUCCCACGUCUCUCUGGGGGACUCCUGAGGCCAGGACUUUUAUGCUGGCAGUCUCUCGACCAGAUGUACAUUUGUUUUUGUUUUGUGUGUAUGCGUGUGUUUGUUUCGAAGCCGUCCGUUUAAUACGGAAUGAGAUCCAAUCGCCCAACAGUUUACACAUAGACACAAAAACGAAAUUAAAUUGACAUUCUGUGGAUUGUUGUAGACGGGUAAAAUAGUUGUGGGAUGCAUGAUUGUGCAGGGGUUUUCUGUUAAGAAUGGACCAUUGAAAACCAUGUUAUCAUUAAUGUUUUUUUUGUUUGUUUUUGUUUUGUUUUGUUUUGUUUUUUUACUACUGAGUUUAACAAUAAACCCUUGCGCAGUUGGAUGAGAUCACAGUUCAAAUAGAGCUUUGAGGGCACGUGUUUGGCAUGUUCAUUGGUGAUGUUAAAGCAACUUCCUUUUUUAUAUAAUAAGGCUGGUGAAGGGAAAAUAUGACUUUUAAUUAACCGUUUGUUUGUGAACGUGUGUGUGUGUGUGCGUGUGUUCGUGUGCAUGCAUGCGUGCGCGCGUGUGUGUGUGUUCUCAGUUAAAGCACUUUGUUUUACUGUAAUGACAAUACUGUAAAGCAAAGGCAGUUCUUUGUUCAGGAAAAGAAAACAAUAAACAGUUUUGUGCUUUUAA